AUGUCCAUCCUCCCGCUGACAAAGAGCAUCCUCCUCCUGGGAGACUCGAUCACACAGCAAGGCUCACAGGCAGGGGGCUACUGUCAGCUACUGGCGGAAUCUUACAUCCGGAAGCUUGCUGUGGUGAAUCGCGGUUAUGGAGGGUACAACGCCAAAUUCCUGUAUGAGAUUGUCAAACAGAUGGUAGUUGAGAAGAGCAGGAAAGACUUCAGCGAGGUCGCCCUCGUAACGCUCUUCAUUGGUGCAAACGAUGCGACCGAUCCUGUCCUCAACCCGAGGCAGCACAUUCCUCUUCCGUUAUAUAAGGAGAAAGUGAAGGCAAUUCUUGGCUUCUUCCCCCCAAGCACCCCCAAGAUCCUCAUCACGCCGCCUCCAGUACAGCCCGAACGCUUCGCGCGGUUCAUCAACGCAGACAAGCCUGACCGCGACAUCAAAGUCACCAAGAAGUAUGCUGAGGCUAUCGUAGAAAUCGGAAAGGAGCUUGGCUUGCCAGUCGUGGAUGUGUUCGAAUUGUUUGAGAAGGUACCCCAGGAGGAGUGGGAUAGCUUGUUUACCGAUGGACUGCACUUGAGCUCACGAGCAUACAAGCUGGUUUAUGAUGCACUAACCUCUGUCAUUAAGAGCAAGUAUUCGGCUCUUGACCCAGAGAAGAUGCGCAUGCUCUUCCAGAUGGGGAUCAAUUGA